AUGUAUAUUUAUAGAGAGAGAAAGGAAGAAGUUGAGGACGGCGGGGAGUUGGCUUUUAGGGCCUUCUCCUUCAUGACUCUUCUUCAGGCUCUAGCUAUAGCCCAGAGCAAAGGAGACGAACAAGAGGAGCUGGAAGAAGAACAACGAAUCGCUUCUCUGAUUGAAAAAUGUCCAAACAUGCGAGUCCUUCGACAAAUCCACGCCCAUGUCCUCACUCGCUUCCUUCCCAUCUCCGCUCUCUCUUUCGCCUUGUCCAAAAUCGCCGCUUUCUGCGCCCUGUCCGCCGUCGGUGACAUCGCCUACGCCCGCAGAGUUUUCUCUCGAAUCCCCUGUCCAAACAUUUUCUGCUGGAAUGCCAUGAUAAGGGGUUGUUCCAAUGUCGAAAACCCAUCAAAGGAAUCCAUUUAUUUGUUCAAGAAAUUGAUUCGUAAGGGGUACCCGGGACCGAAUACGUUUACUCUGUCGUUUGUUCUUAAGGCGUGUUCGAUUCUAUCGGCUUCUCAUGAAGGCUGGCAGGUUCAUACGCGUGUUUUGCGGUCGGGGUUUGGUUCAAGCCCGUUUGUUCAGACUUCGUUGGUGAACAUGUAUGCGAAAUGCGAGGAGGUCUGGGAUGCUCGGUUGGUGUUCGAUGAAAUUCCAGAGAGAAACUUGGUUGCUUGGAGUGCGAUGAUUGGCGGGUACGCGAGAGUUGGAUUGGUUGACGCGAGUUUUGGCCUGUUCAGGGAAAUGCAAAUGGCUGGUGUUGUGCCCGAUCAGGUUACAAUGGCGAGUAUCGUUUCUGCGUGCACUUGUGCAGGUUCGUUGUACUUGGGUAGGUGGGUUCAUGUGUAUGCAGAGAAGAAGAAGAUCGAGAUUGAUCUCGAGCUUGGUACUGCGCUGAUUAACAUGUAUGCAAAGUGCGGGUGGAUUGAAAAGGCAAAAGCAAUUUUCAGGAAAUUGUCUGUGAAAGAUACAAAAGCUUGGAAUUCAAUGAUUGUGGGGUUGGCUCUUCAUGGCCUUUCAGAAGAAGCUCUGAAGGCUUUUUCUAUGAUGGAGGAAGCUAAGGUGAAGCCUGACAGCGGAACCUUCCUCGGCGUCCUAUUCACUUGUGGGCAGAGCAGCUUGGUUUCAGAGGGUCGAAGGUUUUGGUCACGCAUGCUUGGAUUUGGAACCAAACCAUCCACGGAGCACUAUGGUUGUAUGGUCGAUCUACUAUGUCGAGCAGGCUUGGUAGAAGAAGCUCAUACUCUCGUUCAAAACAUGGCAAUCUCACCAAAUCCAGUUAUUUGGCGAAAAUUGCUCAUGGGUUGCAAUAAAAGCAGGAUGCUUGAAAGAGGCGAACUUAUUGCCGAGCGGCUUCUUGAAUUAGAGCCACUAAAUGCAGAGAACUAUGUCCUUCUCUCAAGUUUGUACGCAUCAGUCUCGCAAUGGGAGAAGAUGAUGCUUGUUAGAGCGAAGAUGAAAGAGAAGAGAAUCAGACCUAUCCCUGCCUGCAGCUCCAUAGAGGUAAAUGGCAUCAUUCACGAAUUCACGAUGGGUGAUCGCUCCCAUCCCGAGGCUAAGGAAUUGAGAGAAGUUCUGAGAGAUAUUUCUGAUAGGAUUCGGGGAGUCGGAUAUAAACCAUCUAUUGUAGAGAUACUACACCAAGUGAUCAAUGAAGAAAAAGAGAAUGCUCAUGGUGAGCACAGUGUGAGGCUAGCCAUUGCUUAUGGGUUAUGGAAGACAAAAGCACCGGCCGUUAUCAGAGUAGUGAAUAGUAUUAGGAUUUGUGGUGAUUGCCAUGAAGUGACCAAGAUUAUAAGUAAGAUUUAUGAGCGGGAAAUUAUUGUCAGGGACAGAGUUUGGUUCCAUAAAUUUGUUAAUGGCUCUUGUACUUGCAAGGAUCAUUGGUAAU